ACCCUUUGCUGAGCGCGGCGCUUCUGCUGGCGGUGGGAGGUGGACUGCGAGCGGUGCUGAAGGGACAGCUCCAGCAGUGGCUGCUUUGGGGAGAAACAAAAUCUGCAGAUCGAAUCCGAGCAGGGCGACUUCACCUUCACGUGGGCGAGCUCCAGCCAGUCUCUGCUCCAUGCACGGCCAGCCGAUCUGCCCGUUCCCGGUGGGGUCGGGCAGCGCCGGCUGGACCCGCCCCGAGCUCCAUGGUUUGCCCAGCCCUGCGCGAUGGUGACUCUGGGCGCGGAGGGUGGCGACGGGCAAACCCGCAGAUCGCAGAAUGAAGGCGGGGAGCACAGCAGGCGGCCGGCGGAGGCUGUCUCCCCGACUCCAGCGCGGGGAGAAGCGGCCCAACCACCUGAAUCCGGAAAAUGCCAACAAGUAGUUUCUCGUCGGAGAAGGGCGGCUCAGCUGGGCGCCAAGACUCAGUCACGCUGCCCAGAGAACCUCGUCCACUCGGAAACCAAAGCAGAAACACUUUUCUCUCGGUCUCGUUAAGUCAUGUCUGAGUCACAGAGAUGGGCAAGAUCGAGAACAACGAGAGGGUGAUCCUCAAUGUCGGGGGCACCCGGCACGAAACCUACCGCAGCACCCUCAAGACCCUGCCUGGAACACGCCUGGCCCUCCUCGCCGCCUCCGAGCCCCAGGGNGGCGGCGGGGGCGACCACCCCGGGGGCGGCCGCGAGUUCUUCUUCGACCGGCACCCGGGCGUCUUCGCCUACGUGCUCAACUACUACCGCACCGGCAAGCUGCACUGCCCCGCCGACGUGUGCGGGCCGCUCUUCGAAGAGGAGCUGGCCUUCUGGGGCAUCGACGAGACCGACGUGGAGCCCUGCUGCUGGAUGACCUACCGGCAGCACCGCGACGCCGAGGAGGCCCUGGACAUCUUCGAGACCCCCGACCUCAUCGGCGGCGACCCCGGCGACGACGAGGACCUGGCGGCCAAGAGGCUGGGCAUCGAGGACGCGGCGGGGCUGGGAGGCCCCGACGGCAAGUCCGGCCGCUGGAGGAGGCUGCAGCCCCGCAUGUGGGCCCUCUUCGAAGACCCUUACUCGUCCAGAGCUGCCAGGUUUAUUGCUUUUGCUUCUUUAUUCUUCAUCCUGGUUUCAAUCACAACCUUUUGCCUGGAGACACAUGAAGCUUUCAAUAUUGUUAAAAACAAGACAGAACCAGUCAUCAAUGGCACAAGUGUAGUUCUACAGUAUGAAAUUGAAACGGAUCCUGCCUUGACAUAUGUAGAAGGAGUAUGUGUGGUGUGGUUUACUUUUGAAUUUUUAGUUCGUAUUGUUUUUUCACCCAAUAAACUUGAAUUCAUCAAAAAUCUCUUGAAUAUCAUUGACUUUGUGGCCAUUCUACCCUUCUACUUAGAAGUGGGACUCAGUGGGCUGUCAUCCAAAGCUGCUAAAGAUGUACUUGGCUUCCUCAGGGUAGUAAGGUUUGUGAGGAUCCUAAGAAUCUUCAAGCUCACUCGCCAUUUUGUAGGCCUGAGGGUGCUUGGACAUACUCUGCGAGCUAGUACUAAUGAAUUUUUGCUGCUGAUAAUCUUCCUGGCUCUAGGAGUUUUGAUAUUUGCUACCAUGAUCUACUAUGCCGAGAGAGUGGGAGCUCAACCUAACGACCCUUCAGCUAGUGAGCACACGCAGUUCAAAAACAUUCCCAUCGGGUUUUGGUGGGCUGUGGUGACCAUGACUACCCUGGGCUAUGGGGAUAUGUAUCCCCAGACGUGGUCAGGGAUGCUGGUGGGAGCCCUGUGUGCUCUGGCUGGAGUGCUGACAAUAGCCAUGCCGGUGCCUGUCAUUGUCAACAAUUUUGGAAUGUACUACUCCUUGGCAAUGGCGAAGCAGAAACUUCCAAGAAAAAGAAAGAAGCACAUUCCUCCUGCCCCUCAGGCAAGCUCACCUACCUUUUGCAAGACAGAAUUAAAUAUGGCCUGCAACAGUACACAGGGUGACACGUGCCUGGGCAAAGACAAUCGACUUCUGGAACAUAACAGAUCAGUGUUAUCAGGUGACGACAGUACAGGAAGUGAACCGCCAUUAUCACCCCCAGAAAGGCUCCCCAUCAGACGUUCUAGUACCAGAGACAAAAACAGAAGAGGGGAAACAUGUUUCCUACUGACUACAGGUGAUUACACGUGUGCUUCUGAUGGAGGGAUCAGGAAAGGAUAUGAAAAAUCCCGAAGCUUAAACAACAUAGCGGGCUUGGCAGGCAAUGCUCUGAGGCUCUCUCCAGUAACAUCACCCUACAACUCUCCUUGUCCUCUGAGGCGCUCUCGAUCUCCCAUCCCAUCUAUCUUGUAAACCAAAUGGCAUCAGUCGGCUAAAUUGUAUUAAUUCAAGCACUGUUUACCCCAUAAUGGAAAUAAUUUAACAUAGAAUUACUCCAGUCUCCAUUAGUACAGUAUAAAUCUUGCAUGAUACCACUAUUUGAAGUCAGAAAUGCCACUUGGGUAGCUAAUGAACCUUAUCUGGGCUUUAAAGAUUAUCUAAAGUAGUCUACUACUACUCCAUAUUAAUUGCCCUGAUCUCCUUUUGCAAUAAGAUUACAGAUAGUGUCAGAUAUUGGCCAGUGCACUAAUACAUAAACAUAUCUUCAGGGAGACAUAUUUAAAACAGUGUGCUUCCAAAUGCCAACCACUUCAUUGGAACUUCAUUUCUUGUGACUCUAAACCAUUCUGAAGAUGUCUGGGAUCCUAUCUCGAUUGCACACAACAUGACUUUGGUCAGCUCAUUUGCAUGGACCAUCUUGUCUCUAUCACCUGAAAGCAAUGUUGCAGAGUUUGGGGACUGUGGAUAGCUCAGGAUAUGUGUACUUGCAUCGAACCAUCCUGCUGAUAUGAAAGCACUGGUCGACUGUUCUGCAUGUUGAAUUGUGGGGUAGGGAGGGCGAGUUUCUUCUGGACAUUUUUUUCCUUAUUCUUUGAAUGAAACAUUUGUUUUAAAUAGUUUGAUUUCUUGAUUAAUUUACUUUUCUUCAAAAAUGCUGUAUUGGAGUUCUGAAUGUCUCUGGUUGUUUGCACACAGAUAACUGCAAAGAGGUUGUCAUUACUGGUUACACGCAAGCUGAGGCCAGAUCUCUUACAUAAUGACUUGGGGAAGGCACAAAACAUGAGAGAAAGGUAACUGCCAGCCAGGCUUGCAUUGUUUAGCCAGAAAUUGCUGCUUGGUACUAGAUUAAUUUUUUUUUUAACUCCAGGAUUUGUCAUUAUUUUCAGAGGCAGAGUGCCAAAUAUCAUCCAAAGCUCUCGUGUCUUUUUUUGCCUCUUUCUUUUAUUUUUAUUUAUUAAAAAUAUUUAUUACUUUAUUUUUGUGCAAACAUCAAAGGUCAUUGAAGUUCACAGAAACCUUUUUUGAUUAGCCUUAAAUUUCCAAAUCAAAGGAUUAAUCAGAUAUUCAGGCAGUGUUUAAUUAGGUGCUUUGUCCUGUAUGUUGUUCCUGUCUGUCUGUCUUAGAUCCCUGUCUUAACUGUAUAUGCCAUCUGUCUCCAUGAAGCACAGAAAUGCCUUGCUAAGGUGUUUAUGAUUUUAGUACUAGGUCCCUCAAACCCCCACUC